AUUAUCCGUAUCUUUAUCCUUGAUCAUCUUUUAAUUAAUUUUCAUCCUUAGAUCAUCUUUUAAUUAAUUUUCAAAUCGUACUCUCACACUUUUUUCAAUUAUUAUUAUUAUUUUUUUUCUGGUGAUAAUCUAAUCUAAUUCGUGCAUCAAAAGGUCAAAUUCUUUCAACCCAAUUUCAUUCCUUUUGGUCCUGGGUGUGAUCGACUUCGUCAAUGGCCCAACACGAGGAACUUCCCAUCCCGAUUUACUCUACUUUAGAACCUGUUUAUGGGGACGGUUCUCAUCUCGAAGAAGCUCAGCUUAGAUUUGACAGAUUGAAGUCUAAGUUUCUCGAAGUCUUUGGACACCCCCCUGAUGUCUAUGCUCGAUCACCAGGUAGAGUGAACUUGAUUGGAGAGCACAUUGACUAUGAAGGUUACUCGGUACUGCCGAUGGCAAUCCGGCAAGACACCAUCGUUGCCAUCCGCAAGCAUGACGCCGGAGAGGCUCAAAAGUUUAUUCGAAUAGCUAACGUUAAUGACAAGUACACCCUGUGUACUUAUCCUGCUGAUCCUUACCAGGAAAUUGACUUGAAAAAUCAUAGAUGGGGCCAUUAUUUCAUCUGCGGGUACAAAGGCUACUAUGCAUAUGCCAAGUCAAAAGGUGUGGACGUUGGUGUGCCAGUAGGACUUGAUGUUCUUGUUGAUGGAACCGUCCCAACAGGCUCUGGUCUAUCAAGCUCUGCAGCAUUUGUCUGUUCUUCUACAAUUGCUAUUAUGGCUGCUUUUAGUGUGAACUUUCCAAAGAAAGAAAUUGCCCAACUUACAUGCGAGUGUGAAAGGCACAUUGGAACACAAUCUGGAGGAAUGGACCAGGCAAUCUCUGUCAUGGCCAGAACUGGGUUUGCGGAGCUGAUUGAUUUCAACCCUAUUCGUGCCACUGACGUGCAACUUCCUGUUGGUGGGACUUUUGUAAUUGCACAUUCUUUGGCAGAAUCUCAGAAGGCUGUCACUGCUGCUACAAAUUACAACAACAGAGUUGUUGAAUGUCGACUAGCUGCUAUUGUACUUGCAAUAAAGCUUGGAAUGAAACCAGAAGAUGCAAGAUCAAAAGUGAAAACCCUUUCGGAUGUUGAGGGGUUGUGCAUCACAUUUGCCAGUAGUCAUGGUUCUUCUGAUCCAGUUGUUGCUGUUAAGGAAUUUUUGAAAGAGGAACCAUAUACAGCUGAAGAAAUUGAGAAAAUCACCGAGGAAAGCCUGCUAACAAUUUUCAGCAAUUCGCCAACUUCAUUGGAUGUUUUAAAAGCGGCCAAACACUACAAGUUACAUCAGAGGGCUGCACAUGUUUACUCUGAAGCAAGGAGGGUACAUGCUUUCAAGGACACUGUAUCAUCAAAUUUAAGUGAUGAGGACAAGUUAAAGAAGUUGGGUGACCUUAUGAAUGACAGCCAUUACAGCUGCAGUGUUCUAUAUGAGUGCAGCUGCCCAGAGUUGGAAGAACUUGUAAAAGUUUGCAGGGAGCACGGUGCUUUAGGUGCAAGGCUUACGGGUGCUGGAUGGGGUGGUUGUGCUGUAGCUUUGGUUAAAGAGUCCAUUGUCCCACAGUUUAUCAUCAAUUUGAAGGAAAAUUUCUUCCAAGCAAGGAUUGACAAAGGUGUAAUCAAUAAGAACGAUCUUGGCCUUUAUGUUUUUGCUUCAAAGCCAUCAAGUGGAGCUGCUAUUUUCAAGAUUUAACAUCCGCCAAUUGUUUGCUCUUUGGCACAUUGUCAGAUCUUGUUUUAUUUGUCUGAGAAGACUCUGAUUUAGUUUAACAGAAUAAAAUUCUAUGCUAUGCUGCAUUCCCCUGGCCCUUCUUUACCUCUUUGUGUCAUAUAUAGUAACAUUCCUGAACUCUUGUCAGGAAAAUUUCUUCCAAGCAAGGAUUGACAAAGGUGUAAUCAAUAAGAAUGAUCUUGGCCUUUAUGUUUUUGCUUCAAAGCCAUCAAGUGGAGCUGCUAUUUUCAAGAUUUAACAUCCGCCAAUUGUUUGCUCUUUGGCACAUUGUCAGAUCUUGUUUUAUUUGUCUGAGAAGACUCUGAUUUAGUUUAACAGAAUAAAAUUUUAUGCUGCUUUCCCCUGGUCCUUCUUUACCUUUUUGUGCCAUAUAUAGUAUUCUUUACCUUUUUGUGUCAUAUAUAGUAACAUUCCUGAACUCUUGUCAGGAAAAUUUCUUCCAAGCAAGGAUUGACAAAGGUGUAAUCAAUAAGAACGAUCUUGGCCUUUAUGUUUUUGCUUCAAAGCCAUCAAGUGGAGCUGCUAUUUUCAAAAUUUAACAUCCGCCAUUUGUUUGCUCUUUGGCACAUUGUCAGAUCUUAUUUUAUUUGUCUGAGAAGACUCUGAUUUAGUUUAAUAGAAUAAAAUUCUAUGCUGCGUCCUCUUGGCCCUUCUUUACCUUUUUGUGCCAUAUGUAGUAACAUUCCUGAACUCUUGUCAGGAAAAUUUCUUCCAAGCAAGGAUUGACAAAGGUGUAAUCAAUAAGAAUGAUCUUGGCCUUUAUGUUUUUGCUUCAAAGCCAUCAAGUGGAGCUGCUAUUUUCAAGAUUUAACAUCCGCCAAUUGUUUGCUCUUUGGCACAUUGUCAGAUCUUGUUUUAUUUGUCUGAGAAGACUCUGAUUUAAUUUAACAGAAUAAAAUUCUAUGCUGUGUCCCCCUGGCCCUUCUUUACCUUUUUGUGCCAUAUAUAGUAACAUUCCUGAACUCGUGUCAGAAAAAUUUCUUCCAAGCAAGGAUUGACAAAGGUGUAAUCAAUAAGAACGAUCUUGGCCUUUAUGUUUUUGCUUCAAAGCCAUCAAGUGGAGCUGCUAUUUUCAAGAUUUAACAUCCGCCACUUGUUUGCUCUUUGGCACAUUGUCAGAUCUUGUUUUAUUUGUAUGAGAAUACUCUGAUUUAGUUUAACAAAAUAAAAUUCUAUGCUGCGUCCCCUGGCCCUUCUUUACCUUUUUGUGCCAUAUAUAGUAACAUUCCUGAACUCUUGUCAGGAAAAUUUCUUCCAAGCAAGGAUUGACAAAGGUGUAAUCAAUAAGAACGAUCUUGGCUUUUAUGUUUUUGCUUCAAAGCCAUCAAGUGGAGCUGCUAUUUUCAAGAUUUAACAUCCGCCAAUUGUUUGCUCUUUGGCACAUUGUCAGAUCUUGUUUUAUUUGUCUGAGAAGACUCUGAUUUAGUUUAACAGAAUAAAAUUCUAUGCUGCGUU